CAGAAAACAAAACACAUCGCUGAAGGGUGAAGCAACGACAACCAAAUUCAACCUUUGGUCCUCGGUUUUGAAAAACACCCUGUUCGUGCACCUGCCGCAGUGUAAAUUUGUGUAACUUUUUUAAGUUCAGAAAAAUCUUCAGGAGUGAAAACAUGUCACGGUUUUCCUUACCGACAACUGCACUUACUCUACUGGCCUUCUUUACUUCAGGUUAGCGUUAUUGUAUAUAUUUUUGUAUACAGCUCAUCUAUUCUGCUCCCUGAGGAGUGAAAAUGCGACAGAAAAGCUAAAGGAUAAUUCAAAUCAUCCCCAGGUUAAAGGAUGACUAUUCGAAACAGCCGCACAGCAUAUUCCAGCGCUGAAUAUGCUGUUAUCAUACCCUCAUAUCAUUUCUGUCGUCUUUAGCAAUGGUCAAUCUGCUUUUGAAGUGCUAAUUUUUUUCGAGUACCGGAGAUAACGACUCCAAGCCUCCUGCACAAGCUUCUCAUACUGAAGUUCGGUUAAAGAACUGUUUGACGGUUUUGUGACGAUUCCAUUUGAAGGUUCACACCACACUGAGUGAUUUUAUGGUCAUCUUUAGCAAAAGAUAAUGGGCUUCUUCAUUUCCAUCUGAUGUAGGCUUCAUAUUUCUUAUCACGUUUCUCUCUCUCUAACAAACUAUUGUAUCGCUCUCCGAGUAAUUCCUCGCACCGCUAAAAGGACUUUCGUGAAACUGUCGCGACCCGCAUGCACAUGUUAUAUUUAAAUUAAUACUGCAUUUAAUGAAGAGUAAUGGAUUCAAAGCUAAGGAGAGUGCAAAACUUCGAUGAUGUUAAUUGUUUACUUAGCAAUAUACGAUGCAUCGAAAGCGAGACUUGGAAAAUUAGUAGGUUAGUCAAAAUUCUGGGAAUACCAGAAUAUUUCUUGAUUGGUUAAAAUUCUUUUCCGUUGCAAUCCAAAAGUUACCAAAUGAGUCAUGGAACAAAUUUAUGAUUAAAAUUUUCUUGAGUUACAUAUCUUUGUGUAAACAUAUACAUGUUCUUGUUUCAAAAACUUGCUGUUCCAUAAUAACUCGAUUCAAACCCUUUGGAAAGAAAACUUGAAAAAUUAUAAAACUGCAUGAAAAAAAAUAGAAUAACUGAAUAUUUUUGAAAAUUGAGACCGGACUGUUUAUAAAUGGCGGCAUUUAGGUUCUAGAUCGAGAGCUAACGGAUUGGCUUUAAACCCCUUUGGUCUCCUAUAAAAUUUAUUCAUCAAUUAACACAUGUCUCUCAAAAAGAGUCAGGUGUUGUGCACGUGAACAACUGCUUCCUCUUUUUCUUCUUCUUCUUCAUCUUUCUCAAAUCUAACAAUUGGUUUGCAGAAGCUCUGGGACAGAAUUCGACCGCUUUUGUAAUGCCAUCACCGACUGCAUCUUACACUAUGGCGCCCAUGUCCACACAAGCACCACAACCUACAUCAAAAGCACCCAACGACACCACGCCGACGCAAAGUACCACAAAAAAAGAGGAAACCACACCAACCACAGAAUCAAUGAAGCCGAGUAAGCUUAUUUAUCAGUUUCUUGGUGCUUCUAAUCAUUUCUGGGCUUACUUGUCUGUGAUGCCUAUUUCCAAGUCGCCUUUCAAGGCAAUGACAAACCAAUCGGCAUUUUCUUUGUAACCUGAUUGUCUGUUUUUGUUGACAAAACUAAUUAUUUUUUUUAAUUUCUGAGAAUUCUGCCCGGUCUCCUGUCUAAAAUAUCUUGAAAAGUUAAAAACAAGAGCACAUCCAUCGACAUGCACUUUAACCCUGUACCUCCCAGAAGUGAUGAAGGAAAAACUUCUCCCUAUAAUAUCCAUAAAUUAUCCAGCAAACAGGUCAUGAGUAUACUCAAACUUAUCAGAUAGAAGUUGUUAUCUUGAUCUAACACCAAAUUCUCAUGACAAAUUCUGUUACAAAGAAAUGUGUAGCAGCAAGAGGGGAGAAUUCUCAAGUAAUAAGUUUCAGGGAGUUAAAGGUUACUGAACGGCAGAGGUGCGGAAUAUGAUUCAGAAGUCGCAUUAUGCAUGUGCUUUGGCGACCAAAAUUAAAUCAAAUAUAGUUUUUUUGUGCGCAUGACGACAAAUCCAGCUGAUUAAAAGAUUCAGUCGAUGAAAUUGAAGUUUGUUGUUAAAUCCUAAUGUACUGUUAAUUCACUCUUAUUGUUAUGUUUUCGUAUCCUUUAAGGGCGUGCUAACGUUUGUUCUUCUUCAGCUUGUGCGAUGAUUAAUUUUGUGGCAGACCGAGUGUGGAAUGCAUCCUUUACAGAGCCUGACUCAAAGGAGUUCAAAACUUUGAAAGACAUGACAUCCCUGGCAGUAAGUCCAUUUUACUGGUUUCUGUUUAACGCGACUUCUCGAUCAUUUGUUCGAUGAGGGGAAAUCCACGUUCACGUUUCUUAUUGUAGAGUCCAAGUCAAAGUUUAGUGAAGUUUUGUCGCAGAUCAUUCCCAAAUCGAAACUGGAAUAUUUUCAUGCCAAAAAUGUCACCAAGGGAAGAUUUUUUCUUCCAUAACCACUGCGAGGAAAGCACGAAAGAGGCCGUAAAAGCUAUUUGGACAUGAAAAUGUGGCUGAAACUGCUUUUCUCACGAUUUUUUCAAAAGACUGUUGUUACGAAUGAAUUUGGAGCUCCAACCCAGCUCUGUUUGAUGCUCAAUAACUUAGAAUUAUGCUCAAUAACUCAUUGGAGACUUAAAUAUACUCAAUAACUCAGAAAUAUGCCUGCAUCACCUCUCAAUUUUUAGGCACGAAACUUUCGACGGUUUGAUUUCCCUGAUAUCUGUGAAAACCUAACCAAACAUGUUGUGGUUUAGAAAAGUAUAUACAACAGCAGCUGAUUAGAGAGCAGAGGGGAGAGAAGAGGAAAGGGGGGAGGUGGGGCAUGGGGCAGGGGAGUGUGGGGAAGGGGGAAGGGGGGAGGUGGGGCAUUGGGAAGGGGAGUGUGGGGAAGCGGGAAGGGGUAGGGUUGGCGGUUACCGAUAGUAAAUCAUCACGGGCACUAAGGGAAUCGAAGGUGGAACUGAAAAGAAAAUGAACACAUAUAUGUAAAGGAGAGGUGCUAUUGUUUCAGACUGUAUACACAAGUUUUUAUUUUGCAAUUUGAGUUCGUAUACCCAAUAUCUGAUUAACGAGCGUCACAAUGACCUUAACACCCACGUGAUUACUCUUAUCCUGUAGAUUAAACACCUUUACAAUGAUUCCGAAAACUACUACAACGUCAAAGUAUCAGAAGUGAAAUUCUUGGAAAAAGACGGCAAAGUUGGCGUGGAAGCGAAAUUAUGCUUGGGUGUGAAGGAAAAUGGUGGUUUGAUCGAGGAGGUGUUUACAGAUAAAUUGAAGACUGGUUUCUUUCAUGAUUUAAAGGUUAUGAGUGAGGGUGCUGAAUUUAAACCCAAAGGUCAGUGUAUAAUGACUAAACGACUGAAAUGUCUCACCUGUCGAUCGUUUUGUAAUUGAAUAAUGUGGAUUAGAAAUACUCCUGAACUAAAAUACAGUUUGUCAGUCGACCACACGGAGGUAAGUAGUACUCGUUAAUCUCUCCCGAACUAACAAAUCAGUGCGCGUGAAAAGUACAAUUCACCUGUGUGGUACGUGCUAAUAAUGGAAAUGAGACAAGAGUAAAACUGAUUUGAAAAGUUAAGUAAAGACAUAUUUGAAAUGCUGAAUAAAAACUUGGCACGUUAGGAUCUUAGCAGUUUCUCCCUUGCAGUAAGUUUUUGCCUUAGGUGUAUUACUGCAAAGUUUGUUAAUUAUUGUGUUUUCCCUCUGCUCGCUGAUUUUUAUUCAAAAUGAUGUCACAGGUGUUGAAUUCAAGGACUGGAAAGCCAAAGAAGGCGAAUGCGAAAAGUGUAAUGGAGCUGGCGGUGAGAUCACUAUCGAGGGAAAGUGUGUGCCGGAUAAGUACAGCUGUGACGGGUUGAAGGUGGAAAAGAUGACGAAAGACUGCGUAGAAUACUGUGGCGCGGGUAAGACACAAUCCUGUAAAUAGUUGAAAUAGUGACUUAGAUAGUUGAGAUAGUGAUUCCAUUCGACAGGAGUAUUUAAGGAAAUUGUAAAUGGCAUUUGCAAACUUAUUUGGAGAAGCAGUUAAAAUUUCUUUAACUUGGCGCUUUCUACAGAACUUGUGUCUGCAGCGCCUAGUUGACGUCGGAACGCUUUAGAAGUAGUUGUAUUCUCCCCCAGUCAUGUUUCGCGUCCCAGAACCUCUGUGCGUAGUUUCCUUUUUACAACUAAGUGACAGCUUUGUGCAGGUUAUGUGUUAUUUUCAAUCGAGUUAAGCGGGUGACUUAAAUUAGCCUUCAGCAGCUUAGCGCUCCUGACCAGACCGAGAUUAUCUUCAUUUAUAUUUAAAAUUUUGAUUUAGAUGUGCUUGAGCGUGAUUAAAAUAAGUUCACAACAAAGUUCUGUUAAGUUAUAUUUUGAAUACUUUAGGAAAAUUUAACGUAUUAGACGUCAGAUGAGGCCAUUGCAGCACUGAAAUAACGUUUUAUUAAAUUUUUUUUUUUCAGUGGGCAUAACGGUUUCCCUUCUGGUCCUGGCUUUUGGGAUGUUACUUUCGUUCAGGUAAAGGACGUGUGCGAAGUAAAAACAAGCUUACCUCCAAAAAAUCUUAAGAGUAAGGAUGACGGGGGGGGGGGGGGGAAAGAGGCGGUAGGUGAGGAAACAAGCAUUUCAGUUUCUAUUCUUACUUUUCUCUGCUGAUUUCAGGUGUGUCCAGCGAAUUUCGGUUACCAUUUACAACACUUUUGAAAUAUCUUGCGCCUUGAUGGUAACUCAACCAUUCAUUUUCCUAGGUAAUUGAGUGUUAACAACUGAGUUGAAAACGUAAAUUGGCCACCGUAAAGGGUAAAAAGCGACAGCCCUUCGUCAGAGCGAUUGGAGGAAUUAUGGGUUGUGUGUGGGUUUAUAUGCAGAAAGUGGAGCUACGCUAUUGGUAGGAAUAUGGCCACGAGAAAACAGGAAUAAAUUAAUUGAAUGAAAAGCGCUCGCUGAUUCCGUGGAGAUUAAGGGUGCCGAUUUGGAAGAUAAAUUUUUGCUCUUGUCUUUUGCGGCUUUCCCAGCUGCCUAGAUGUAAGGAAAGGCCGCAAACUGCCAUAUGCUGUUUAGAGUGAUUAGAGAUAUUAAAGUGUCUAGCGACUGGUUUGGAUGCGUCCUUGUCAUUUCUUUCCACGCCGCGAAGGUGUUCUCGGAAUCUGUCACCCAGUCGUCUUCCUGUUUCGCCAGUGUAUAACUUAUUGCAAUAAGUGCAAGUUAUGCAGUAAAUAACAUUGGCGGAGGUACACGGAAAGUGAUCAGUGAUCGUAAUGGAUCACUUGGGUCCCGAUAUUUUCUCUACGUUAUGAGUGAAGGACAAGUUUUGUAUCGUGAGAGAGCACAUUUAAAAAGUUUCAGAUUGGUCAUUGGUUUUAAAUGAACUUCUGACCAAAAAGUUGCCUAUGUUUUUGUCACGUUUGAAUGAAAUAAGUGGGGGUUACGAAAAGAUAGUGCCAGUCUCUGAAUCGUUUUGGAGUAAUUUAACGUUUUUAAGAAUGAUAGAUUUAACUGUGUGGUGGUGAAAUGUAAGAGUAAAUGGACAGCGGUCAGUGCUUUCCUUCUUAGCCGUUUGUAGUGCUGACUGUCGAUCAAUUUGUUGGGCACGAUGGUGGCCCGCUUGAACGACAGAAACAGUUUAUCAAAAAACUAGCACAUUGCCUCUGAUUUUUCUGAAAAAUCAGAGUCGUCACUACAUAAACGAUGAAGUCUGAUAACUGUGAAAAAGAUAUGGAGUUCUUGACGUGUGAUGGAUGUGAAGAUGAAUACAACAAGUAACUAUGUGAAUCUGUAGGUUAGUAGUAAACACUAGUGCAUAAACUGUUGCCUUCAAUUGAAAUUUGGAUGUUUAGAAAAGCCAAAGAAGUGUCGGAAAUGUCCCAGGUAUAUUUAAGAGCCGGAUGAAAGGAAUUGACGACGGUUAUAAAUUGAGUGAGUUCCUCUGUGGUAGAGGAGGUAGCGCCGAUGCAGAGUUUAGGUUUUGGGCCGUGGUAUUGACUAAAAAAAUGGAUGUUCAAUAAAACCUACGAAAAGAUUGGCGUAGCUGGGUCCCAUUUUAGUACUCAUGGCCACGCCAUUAGUUUGUUUGCAGUAGUUACCACCGAAUGAAAAGCAAUCGAGUGUGAGUACUAGUUCGGUCAAACGGAGUAGUGUUUCAGAGCUAGGUUCCUUGACAGUGCCAUGAUCGCCAAAUUGUUCGUCCAGCGCUUUUCAUUCAACUAAUUUAUUCCUAUUUUCUCGGCACCAUUAUUCCCACCAAUAGCGAAGCUCCACUCUCUGCAUAUAAACCCACACAACCCACAAUUCCUCCAAUCGCUCCGACGAAGGGCUAACGCUCGAAACGUCAGCUUUUUUACUCUUUACGGUGGCCAAUUUACGUUUUCAACUCGGUUGUUAACACUCAAUUACCUGCUAUACUCUCUCACCGACGCAGCACCAAAGUUUCUUUAGAAACUUACCCCCUUUAUUCAUUUUCCCUAUUGAUUUCUUAAAUAAACAUUAACUUAGAUAAAGAUUUCAGACAAUUUCCGUUUAAUUUAUCUUAGAUACCCUUCCUCCUUUCUUUUCCCUUUUUCUGAAAACCUACAUCAGUGGAAUUGGAUUCCCAACAUAUAUGACUUGUAGUAAGAAAACCCUUUGAUCCCUGUUCAACUUGCUUGAUGAAGCAGCAACGCAGGCAUAUUAAAAUUUUUCCGCUUUUUGUUUUGGUUCCACUCUGUUUUUUCAGUUCGCAGUAGGUGCUGAAUGGAUUUGGACAUUGCCAUGGGGAACAUCAGACCUUCAAAACAAGGAAACAAGAUUUCAGUUACUUUCUAUUUAUGAAUCGAGUAUUUUAGUAGUCAGUAGACAGAAAAGUGAUGCAUUAGAAAUCUCACGUAUACCGGACAAUGUGAUGUCGUUCUUAAACUUUUUUGAAAGAUUUAACUGCCUGUUUUCUAAAACUUUGAGUCCAUUAACUGUUUCACAUAUAGAUUCCGUGUUGCCAUACUUCUGUUAAGUGCGUCACUGAGCUUCCCACCACAUUAAGGCCUUUUUUUUGUGAUCCUUUACUGUACAGACCCACGGCAACAUGGAAUCUGCAAUAAAGAGCCAAAACAUUACUGAUGGUGACGUCAUCAAUGCGUCCGUGUUCCAAUAGAUCACAUGAAAGAACCAACCAAAACGUGCGCGUAAUUUAGCUUAUUAUGUAAAGCUUACGGCUUACUAUGCUGCACAAUCGUCUCUUUUUUGAUCUGCUGUGGUCACUUUUACUUUAUAUGAAGAUGUUGAUGUUUCGACUUUUAGCUGUGCGUAAACAUCCCGUCUUAAGCUGUUUCAGUUCCCUGUUAAGAUGAUAUUUCACUUCUGGAGUAUCUGUUUAAAGGAGAGUGGGGAGGGGGAGCUCUAGAUUACGUGAUAGUUGACGAUGGUAACUUAGCCAAUCAGAUUGCUAGAGUUGUGAUAGAACGACGCUAGUUUUAAAUCCAUAUUGAAUAGAGGGUACUUACAUUAGAGUCUAAAUGAGCAUUUGGGGGCAUGGAAUAUAUUUUUUUCGUUUUCAGAGAUUGUUAAUUUUCCAAGAAAUGGUAAUAAUUUUCUAAUGAAAAGAAAUGGCGUCAUUUACCUUAGCAACCCCCCCUCCCCUUAGUACACCGUUUAUUUUCAGACGCUUUUCAUUCUGCAAUAUCAAUAGAGUAAGGUCGCAGCUAUGGUUGGCGUCUUUCAUGUCACCCUGACCUUUCUGGUUACAACCCUAGGAUCGCAGGCUACUGUACGUCGAGGUUCAACUCCGUUGAGCGCUUCUGCUUAUAAUUUUUUAACUUUUUCCAAAUUUCAAAUCCGAUAACUCCUUGAGUUUUUUCCAUAAGAUAAACCCUUGACAAAUUGAUGCCCUGGGGUGAACACAAGAACCC